UUCAAUUCCAAUGGCCUUUCCAAGCAUUUACAAUAGUAGGUUAUAGUGUUGCUCCUAGGUCAGUGCCUCCGUGGUAUAUUCCAGUUCCAGUAAUUCAUGCACAGUGAUUAUAUUGCAUAGUGUUUGGAUUAUAGGUCGUGCAGUUUCAUUCUACAGCAACAGAUACAUGCCAUUCUGCAUUUAUGAUUUAUAAUUCAGUCAAUGGAGGAUUUUCGGCUUGGACUCCAUGGAUAAAAUGUUCGGAUACGUGCGGAGAUGGGACCAGAAGCCGGUAUCGGCUUUGCAACAAUCCCCCACCACAGUACGGUGGGACUGAGUGUAAUGGGGACUUGUCUAGCUUCGAUGCAUGUUCUAUACAGAAGAUAUGCCCAAAUAUUUGGUGUUACCAGUGCAAUAGCAGUGAUAACAAUCACUGUCACAAAAAAACUUCGAUGACUCCCAGUACGAUUACAACAAAAUAUACAUUGCUCCUGACAGACAAGCAUGUGAGAGAUGCACACAGGGAAUCAAGGAUGGCGUCUACCACAGAGGGUGUACAUCGUCCGCAGAUGAAUAUGGAUGUUCCUUUGAUUUUUGCAACCAAGCCUCCUGUAUAAACACGGCAGCGUUCCUUCUGUUUAUGAAACUG